GUGAUUGUCUCCAUCCCAUCUUGUAUCCGAACAAUGUUGACGGGUAUUGCAGAUAAGUGAGGUUAUGUUUACUGCAUAAAUUUGUCGAGUCAGAUAUCUAAUUUGGGGUGCAAAACUUACUGAUUCAUUAUUCACACUUAAUACAACGCAACAACAUCAAAAUGUUGGUGACUUUAAAAACUUUGCAACAACAAACGUUUCAAAUAGAAAUUGAUCCAGAGGAAACUGUCAAAGCUUUGAAGCUCAAGAUUGAAGUUGAAAAAGGUAAAGACUAUGCCGCCGAUUAUCAAAGACUUAUUUACGCAGGAAAAAUACUUCUCGACGACAACAAACUAACUAAUUAUAACAUAGAUGAAAAGAAAUUUAUUGUGAUCAUGGUAACAAAGCCGAAACCAUCUGAAGCAUCAUCGACUUCUGCGCCCGAGGCUGGUGAAAGUGCCUCUACUGAACGCGGCGAUGGAAAAGAUAAACCUGCCGAAGAAGCACCCAAACCAACACCAACCGCUGCCGCAGAGAGUGAACGCACCGUCGAGCCGCCUGUUGUGGCCAAUGAACCCGACUUCGAGGCGACAGUCCAAAGCAUUAUGGACAUGGGUUACAAUCGGCAGCAAGUGGAACAAGCAUUGCGAGCAUCUUUCAAUAACAGAGAAAGGGCAGUGGAAUAUCUAAUAACAGGUAUACCAGAGGAACUGCUUCAGGAACAAGAAGUAGAUGAAGGUUCUGAUGAAGAUCCAUUAGCAUUUUUGCGUGAUCAACCUCAAUUCCAGCAAAUGCGGGCAGUCAUUCAGCAAAAUCCUAAUUUGUUAAAUGCAAUUCUACAACAAAUUGGUCAAACUAACCCUGCACUUCUGCAAGCAAUCAGUCAACACCAACAAGCUUUUGUGAGAAUGCUUAAUGAACCAAUCAACCCCUCAGCGGGAGGUGCUGCUGUGGAAGAAAGUGCCGCCGACCCCCAGCAGCCUCCACAGCCACAUAAUGUAAUACAAGUGUCACCACAAGACAAAGAAGCUAUUGAACGAUUAAAAGCACUUGGGUUCCCCGAGCACAUGGUCAUUCAAGCUUAUUUUGCUUGUGAAAAGAAUGAAAACCUUGCAGCAAAUUUCCUGCUCUCACAAAAUUUUGAUGAUUAAAGUCAUUUGUUUAUCUACUUGUUACAUGGAGAGACAAAUUUAUAAAAUUUAACACAAGGCAUAUUUCAUAUGUUGUCUUUAUAUCAAUAGCCUAAUAGUUAACUGCUUAUAUUCAUGUGUAUUUUUACACAGUUUCACACUUUGUCAAGGAUUCAACGUCUAAUAAAUUUCUUAUUGUUCA